AUGCGUUCUUGGUGCCAAAUUUAUGCGGGAAACGUGGUACAGCAUGUUCUUGACUUGCUAACUGCUAGGUGUGUUCCCACACCGCUGAAGCUAUUACCGAUCUUACGUCGUGAAGUUGCUAAGAACGCCAGCAAUGGAGAGUUGAAAGAAGAUGACCUGCGUGGGAUUUUCAAAGAAUUCGAUUUAAACGGCGAUGGGUACAUCCAGAAAGAUGAACUGAAUGCAGUGAUGCUAAAAAUGGGUCAGUGUCCGACAGAUGAUGAGCUAAAUGCAAUGUUCAGUGCUGCUGACAAAGACAGGGAUGGAAACAUUGACUUCAGCGGUAUUUGUUAUUCUCUUUCUGUGCUUAUGUCGGUAGCAUCGUUCCUGAGGUUGACGUAUACAAAUAUAUCCAUUUGCUUCUAUUCGAUGUUUGAUGUUCGAAGAUAG